UUUUAGGAUUUAUUAUGGAAACUUUCUAUGAUCCUUCAGACAAGAAUAUGGAUCUCCUCAAGGAUCCCAGUGUGACCAAGAGUGUCAAGAAGGAUAUUAUUAUGACGACAUUGCACAAGAACAAGCCCCAGUUUUAUUUGCUCAGACCUAUCCUACAUCACAACUACUACUAUUACUGAGUCAAACUCUUCACUGAUGCUGGAGAUGAAGAGCUCUUCCAAGAGAUCACUACAGAAGUUUGAAAAGAUAUUCUUGCAAAUCCUCUAGUGUUUGAUCAGUACGGCAACAGAGUUGACUUGUUUGCCAAUACUUUCCUGAGCCAGCAGAUCAUCAACGAGUCUCCCUUCAAUGUGCUUGCACAGCAAGGAAAGUUCGACUUUAUUGACAUACUGCUUGAGGUGAUUAAGAAGGCAGGACUAAACACCAGGCUUGAUGUCAAGACCACAGAUAAUUACAAUAAGACAAUACUUGAUCAUGCAGUAGAACAAAAGAAAGUGAGCCUAAUCAGAAUGAUCGCAGAGAAGCAUGCUGAAGAUUUCAACUUUGAUCUAGACAAAGUGUCAAGAAACGGAAAGUCUAUUCAGAUAAUCCUUGAUAAUAAGUACUCCCCAUUGGUCAAGCACAUGAUUGACGACGAUUUUAGAGCAUUUGAAGAAUACUUUGAAAGUGCCCUUGAAGGAAAAGAAGAAGAGCUUCCUGAAGAAGACCGAUUUGACACUCUAGGAUUUUCAUUUGUGCACAGUCUGUGUCUUCUCAAAGAUAACCUGUAUCUUGACUUGAUUCUUCACCACUGGGAUGAGUCUCCUGACAAGGUCAGAAAAACAUUGUUUAUCACGGAUAUCAAUACAGAAAUGAACAGAAUUCAUAAGGCAACUGGCUUGACUCCUAUCCUUUCAAUUCUCACCAACGGGGACACAGAGAUGGUAGAAUAUCUAUUCGAGAAGAUCUUUGUCAACAGAAUAGUCAAUGUAGAUAUUGCGUUAAAAGAUCAGAAAAACCACAAUAUCCUUCACUUACUAUUUUUGAAUCCCAGGUUGACUCUGGCAACUAAGCUAGAUAUUCUCAACAAGUAUAUGGCUGUGUUAUCAGAAUCUGUCCUGCAUAACCACAAAGAUGUACAACCUUCGAACUUAUAUAACCAGCUCGAUUCAGAUGGGUUGUCUCCUUUGACCACUUUCAUAUGUCAUUUGUCAAACUCCACUCAAAAUAAUGCAACUGAGAAGUUGGUUUUGGACUUCAUGGUUGAGAGAACUUCCUUCCAAGAAACCAUUUUCAAAGUGAGAAAGGGAGCUCUGGUCCACCCAUUUAUUCCUUGCAUCCAACUAAACUUGCAGGAUGUGUACGAUAAACUCUUAGAGUCAAUGCCAGAGCUUGAAUCAACGGUGUUUUUCUGUGAUUACACUACUGGGAGAACCACUCUGGAGUAUGCAUUCCUGACCAAGAAUACCUUCUUCAUUGAGAAAAUAACUGAAUCUCUCGGUGAAGUCAAUAGCUUCAUUGUGCAUGAAAAUAGAAUCACACUGUUCGAUAUCCUUGAAAGAAUAUUUAACCAGCUUGUUGAAGAAAAGGUUAUACAAGGAGAUGAGGAUUCUAAAGAUUCCGAAAACCAACUCCUGAGCCAUUAUAGAAGUCUUGCCAACAAGAUUUACAGUGAGACAAAAAAUAGAUCUGGAGCUGAUGCUUAUAAAGUUCUGCAGAAACUCAAAAUUAACACACCGGAGCUUCUGAAAGAUCAGAAUGAUCAGAGUGAAUAUGCCAAAGUCAAAGCGAAGAAAUUACAUCAGCAUUUGCUAGAUCAAGGUUAUAUCUGAGAUUAUGUUUCUCUGUUCCAUCUCUCCUACCGCAAUAACAACUUUGUGACUUUCCCCCUGAUCAGUUCGAUCAAGAAUGAUCUUUGGGUAGAAAUCAGCAAGAUCAACGUUAAGAAGAGCUCAAUGUGGGUAAACGUUGUAGGUGUUCCCACCAAUAAGCAAGGCAAGGACUUAUUCUUGACAAAGCACAAAGACAUCUUUAGCAUCAUUCUUGCAAAAAUUGUGAAUAAACAGCUUUUUCAGAGUGAAACUUAUAAGAAUUCUUAUGCCUCAGAAGAUGAAGAGAAGAAAUUGAAAGAAGAUGAUUUCAUCAGCAUGAUAGAUGAGCUCCUUGCUACAGAUCACCAAAUUUCAAAAGCAAUCUCGAUGUUCGACUCUAAACAGUUCUUCACUGAUCUCUACGAUACAGUGAACGAACACCUGGAGUGGACAGUCCAGAAUGCAGCUUUUGAUAUCCUAAUUGACACCUUUGUGCAGGCUAAAAAGAAGCCUGAACUCAAUGAAUUCAUGUGUGUUGUCAGCAACAGGCUCGCUGCAACCAAAGAAAAAGACUUUGCUCAGCUAUUUGACUCAUUCACUGACAUGCUAGUCCAAGGCAAGCAUCUGCUAAACUUCGAUGGCGAACAUUCUGUGGAGAGCUAUCAAAAGAAUAUUCUCAGUAGUGCAGUAUUCUGGGGAUGUUUCAAAUCAUUAGAAAAAUAUCAAGCAAUUUUGGAGAAAAGUAUUGUAGAGUACUUCUUUGGAGCUGUAAUUCCUCAAUACAAAAAUGCUCUCAAAGCACAGGAAGAGAAAGGCGGCAAAAAUCCUAAUGAUUACGACAGUUUUAUGAAUGCCCCAGAUAAAAUGCCAGCAGAGAGAAUUCAUGAGAUAUUGAAGAAUUUUGGCUUCAAAUCAGGAAAACUCAUUGAAAUAGCUCAGGAUCCUGAAGUAAUAACCUCUGUGCUUAUGAACUUCCUCAAACUUGGAGGAUACUCUCACCUAAAUGUUGAACUGGGAGAUUUGAAGAAAGACACAAGCAAAGCAAAAGACUUGGUAAAGGCACUAAAAUAUCUUCAUAACAAUAAAAGAUUUGCUAAGAAGAGAGGAAUCAAAUAUUCCUGCUUCUGGGAGUUAUGCAAAAGACCUGAGCUCAAUGACAUAACCUUAGACUUGAUCUAUGAAGAAUCUUUGUCUUUGAUUUCAAACAUAAAGGACUAUUAUGAUCUUCCAUGGGUUGAAGCAAUGAGAAGAGAUAAUUUCCCUGUUAUUCUAAAAUAUCUUGAGCACUUCGAUUUUAGAUGUAAAAAGAAGAGAGCUAUCCAAAAUGCUGAAUACUUAGGAGACCCAAUCAAAGGAUUCUACCAGUCUGGCAAAGGGUUCGAAAAUAUGAGAGAUGCAUUCUUUAGAAGGCCCUGGGUUACACCAGAGGGAAAUGACACUGUAAAGCAAGAAUGAAUGAAAUUCCUCAUGUACUUUGCCAACCAAAAAGAGCAUAUUGACGAAAUAGAAUUCAAAGAAGAUAUAUUCCUAGAAAUGACCAACGAAUCUGACGAUAUGCUUCUAAGAAUAAUGGAGAAUCCUGAAGGAAAAGACAAAGACACAGCAAAAGAUGCUAAUAACGAAGAAGGAGAAGGAGAAUAUGGUUAUGACCUGGAAAGCUUCGAUGAUCCACGUUCUUAUUUCUACUUCUAUUAUUCUUACCCUAUUACAAAAGGUCAGAUCGGAAAAGAUAUUCCAAAGUUCAAUCUACUUUUCUACUAUCAGAUGUACCUCCCAGAUAUGCUUAUUGAUAAAUUAACUCUGGAUGAAAUCAAGAAACUGAAUAGUGCUGGAUUUGUGAUUGGGAAAUACUCCUACCAAUGUUGGAACCUAAAGUGGAUGAAAGAUAAGAAAUAUGCCCCAAAUCUUCAAGUCAAAGAUAUCGAUGAAAUAUUUGUUGACAGAUAUGGAGGUGAUAGAGUUGAAGGCUAUGCUACAUCCUCAGCCUUCCAAUAUGCUAUGAGUAUUUACAUUCAAAAUAAAGCAGGAAUUAAUGAAGAAGUUAUUGAAUAUUUGUUAAAACUCUUACUUGCCCAGAAGGAAGCUACUUUGAUCAUGCCGAAAACGAUCUUCUUGCUACUCAAAGGAUUUCCAUCCAACCAUAAGCUAGUAGAUUUAGCCUUGCCUACUAUGAAAGACAUCGAGAAUUAUGUAUUCUUCAAGACUGAUUGUAAACCAGUUCCAGAGCCAGCUCCAAAACUUAGCAGUGCUUACGGGAUUUUUUAUCCCGAUAAAGUCAGAUGAGAAUUAUGGAAGACCAUUCCUUAUUUCUUGUUAACAAAGGAAGAUGUUUUUGAUGCAUUCAUCACUGAAGUCCAAAAGAAUAUGAAAACUUCUAUUGAUAAGAUCAAGGCUAAUGAAGGCACAAUUAGUGAUCUUGAGAAUCAAACAGAUAUACUGAUCAAGCUAUUUAGAACAUCGUUCAAUCUUGCCUCUCCUAAAAAAGAUUUGAUGAUAUCAAUGGCUUUCUCUGAUGCUGAAGUAACCCAUAUUCAAAGAGAAAUUGUGAAAACUGUCUCAAUGACCGAAAAUAAGGAAAUUUUCAAAGAAAAAUUCAACAUUGACGUCUACGACCCAUCUAAUAUCAGUAGUGUGGCUUUCUGCUUCAACAAGCUCACCUCAGAACUACACGCAAACGCUAAGAAAGAGGCUUCUGGGGCCUAAACCUCCAUAAAAAUUCCCUAAAAUAUCUUGCUGCUCAA